AUGAGCCAUGAUCAGCCUAUGAAACCACAGGUAGACCAUGAAAUCCCCAAAUACAGCGACGUAACCGGUGUCUCCACCGUGAACCACAGCAAUGUCCAAGAAAAGUGCGUGCAGCAUCAAGUGCCGGUGGUUCCCACUGACAUCGGAUCGGCCGCCAUAGACGGUGAUCCUAUAACCAUCGGUGAAGCUCUGGAAGCGGUGGCCAUAUCCGCUGGAGACAAGGCGGUGGACCAAAAUGACGCGGCUGAGAUCAGAAUCGCAGAAAUUAGGGCUUCUGGAGAGAAGAGCGUGAGGUCCGGCUGCUUGGGUGAAAUGGCGCAAGAGGCUGCGACUUUCAACAGUCAGCAGAUGCGAGUCCAGGACAUGACGAAACUCUCCGAUAUCUUAACUGAUGCGACGGAGAAACUCCCAGCGGACAGGGCAGUGACCAGAGAAGAUGCUGAGGCUGUGUAUGCCCUCGAGAGGGAGGCCAUAGAAGUGGCGGCUGAACCUGGCGGUGUGGCGGCGUCCAUGGCCACUGCAGCUAACCUAAAUAAACUAAAUUGA